UUUUAAGAUAUGAUGAUGAUCAUGGUGCUUUUCUUUCAAUUAUCAUAGUAUGAAAAAAGAAACUUGGUGAAAGUAUUUUGAGUUGCCACCUGAUCUUGUCCACUGGGUCUGGGUGUAGGAGGUGGUAUUGUGCGUGUGUCUCAGAUAGACACAAGCAGCAAGUAUCCAAACCCUGUUUCAUUUUUCUAAGUCUGUGAUCAGUGUUCUUGUUUGCUUAUAUCUCAACAGAGAAUCCCUGCUCUAGACGACAAGGCGAAACCAGUAGAUUUAGGACGGGCAGCAAGUUUGUGUCUUUUUCCUACACAAAGCCUUUUCUUUUGUUUUUUUUUUGUUUCCAAAUCCCAUUUCUCUCCUCUCUGUGUGUGUGUAUAUCAUCAUAGCACUUGGAAAGGGACUCAUAAGUUUGAGGUUUUUCCUCUGUUCUUCAGGUUCUAGCUUUGUUAGAUUGCCGCGGUUUUUUGAACUGGGCUCUAAAGUUUUGAUCUUGGAGUGGCCCAUUAUUAAUUAAGAAAAGAGAGGUGGUUCUUGAGACAUUUUCUUGAAGGAAAUUUGUUCUUUUUUUGAUGGGGUGGGGAUUGUUGGUGGUGGGGUGUUUCUUAGCUUUCUUGAUUGUGAAGUGGGUUCUGAGGAGUUUAAAUUGCUGGUACUAUGAGAGGAAAUUGGGUGAGAGAAGGUAUGAUUUGCCACCAGGGGAUUUGGGCUGGCCAUUCAUUGGCAACAUGUGGUCCUUCCUCAGAGCUUUCAAGUCCAGAAAAUCUGAAUCUUUCAUCUCCAGCUUUGUUAGCAGAUUUGGACAUACUGGACUAUACAAGGUGCACAUGUUUGGUAACCCUAGUAUCAUUGUCACAACUGCAGAAGCAUGUCGGAAAGUUUUAAGUGAUGAUGAAUCCUUCAAACCUGGCUGGCCUUCUUCGACGGUUAAUCUUAUUGGAAAAAAAUCGUUUCUGGGCAUUUUUGAUGAAGAACACAAGUGGCUGCGGAAAUUGACAGCAGCCCCUGUGAAUGGACAAGAAGCGUUGUCCAUAUACUUGAAGUACAUUGAAGAAAGUGUCAUAGAAGCUUUAGAAAAAUGGGCAGGCAUGGAGCAGAUAGAGUUUUUAACUGAACUCCGAAAGCUCACGUUCAGGAUAAUCAUGUACAUUUUCAUGAGCUCGGAGAGUGAACAUGUCAUGGAGGCCUUGGAGAGGGAGUACACAGCACUGAACUAUGGAGUUAGAGCUAUGGCUAUCAAUAUACCGGGAUUCGCUUACCACUCUGCGCUUAAGGCACGUAAAAACCUCGUGGCGGUUCUCCAAGCCAUAGUAACUGAGCGGAGGGAGCAGAGGAGGAAAAAUUCCCAGUCGGUGAAGAAAGACAUGAUGGAUGCUCUUAUGGAUGCUGAAGAUGAGAAUGGCAGAAGGUUGACUGAUGAAGAAAUCAUUGACGUUCUGGUUAUGUACCUGAACGCUGGCCAUGAAUCUUCAGGGCACAUCAUUAUGUGGGCGACUGUUUUUCUACUGAAGCAUCCUGAUGUGCUCAAAAGAGCUAAGGCAGAGCAAGAAGAGAUUGUGAGAAACAGGCGGCCGGGACAAAAUGGUCUUACACUUAAAGAAGUACGACAAAUGGAUUACCUUUCUAAGGUAAUAGAUGAAACACUUCGUGUCGUUACAUUCUCACUGGUGGUCUUCAGAGAGGCAAAGAAAGAUGUCCGCGUCUGUGGUUACAUAGUUCCUAAAGGAUGGAAAGUUUUGGUCUGGUUUAGGAGUGUUCACUUCGACCCUGAAACAUAUCCCGAACCAAAGAAGUUCGAUCCAUCAAGAUGGGAUGAAUUCACACCCAAAGCUGGACAUUUCCUUCCCUUCGGUGGUGGAAGCAGACUGUGCCCUGGAAACGAUCUUGCCAAGAUCGAAAUCUCCAUCUUUCUCCACCAUUUCCUUCUGAAUUACAAGCUUGAACAAUGUAAUCCUGCCAGUCCAGUGAUGUACCUCCCACACACGAGGCCGAAAGACAACUGCCUAGGAAGAAUAAGAAGAGUCUCUACUUGAAAUGUACAGACAGGAGAAGUAUAGCUCAUUUCCUACAACAUUACGACUUUCUCUCUGGCCCUCCUCGAACGAUAUCUUGUAAUCCUCCGGAGGAGUUUUCAUCGGACGACAUGUAGUACGAUGAAAUAGAAGCUAUUUUAAAUUCAAAUUUUUAUCAAACUUCUUCAUUCCUG